AUGACGGCGACAGCUUCAGCUUCCACUGCCACUGUCGACGAAGAUUUGGAAGAUUGUGGACCACAACUUAUAAAUAAAUUGGAGGGAAAUGGUAUUACUGCUGGUGACAUAAAAAAAUUAGAAGAAGCUGGCUAUCAUACAGUGGAAUCAGUUGCUUAUGCUCCCAAGAAAUGGCUUAUUACAAUAAAGGGAAUAUCAGAAGCGAAAGCAGAUAAGAUAUUAUUGGAGGCAUCCAAACUCGUUCCUAUGGGAUUUACAACAGCUACAGAAUUUCAUCAAAAGAGAGCUGAAAUUAUACAGCUGACAACUGGGUCCAAAGAAUUAGAUAGACUGCUGGGAGGUGGAAUCGAAACUGGCUCUAUUACCGAGAUAUUUGGAGAAUUCAGAACUGGAAAGACACAACUCUGCCACACACUUGCUGUUACCUGCCAGCUGCCAAUAGAGCAAUCUGGUGGUGAAGGAAAAUGCAUGUACAUUGACACUGAGGGUACUUUUCGACCUGAACGACUAUUGGCUGUAGCACAAAGAUACGGGAUGGAGGGGGCCGCUGUGCUUGAUAAUGUGGCAUACGCCAGAGCAUACAAUACCGAUCAUCAAACACAAUUACUUGUGCAGGCGUGUGCUAUGAUGGCUGAGUCCAGAUACUCCCUUCUGAUAGUGGACAGUGUCACAGCGUUGUACCGAACGGACUAUUCGGGCCGAGGCGAGCUCAACCCUCGGCAGCAGCAUCUCGGCAGGUUCAUGAGAAUGCUUCUGCGACUCGCUGAUGAGUUUGGCGUAGCAGUAAUAAUAACAAACCAAGUUGUAGCACAAGUUGACUCAGUUGGAGUGUUCAACGCCGACACAAAGAAACCAAUAGGCGGGCAUAUACUUGCGCACGCGUCGACGACACGAUUGUACCUGCGCAAAGGCCGCGGCGAUAACAGAGUUUGCAAGAUCUACGACAGUCCGUGUUUGCCGGAAACGGAAGCUAUGUUUGCUAUCAGUACAGAGGGCAUUACGGAUGCGAAGGAAUAA